AGUAAAGUUUUCGAAAUAUAUUGAAGAUGUGCUCCAAUAAUCAUAAGUGUCAUUGGCUGGAUUCAGCGGAAAACAGCAGCUCAGGAAGCACUUAGUUAUUAUCGCUCCUGAUUGGUAUAUGCUCCUAGAUCUAUCGGGAAUCUACAAAAAUGCUCCAGACACAAAAAAUGGCUGAAUUCGGCGGAAAAAGCAGCUCAGUGAGCACUUAGUGAUUAUUGUUUGUGACUGGAGCAUUUUUUUAGAUUCUUGAUAGAUCUAGGAGUAUAAACCAAUCAGGAACGAUAAUCAUUAAUCCUGAGCUGUUCUUUCUGCUGAAUCCAGCCAAUAAUCACUGAGCGCUCAUGGAGUUGCUUUUCCUGCUGAAUACAGCCUUCGACUGUGUUCAGCAAAAAAGCAGUUAGUAAGCGUUUUCCGCUGUGCUGCCAGUAGCUUUGCAACUAUUGUUAGAUUUUCUGCUCACCGACAUUUAGCAAUUUACGCCUAUUCCAACAUGUUUACUAAGCAGUUCAGCGUGUUAAAAGUAUGCCGUAAAAAAUGAUGAUUGUGCUUAGUAAACACAUUAAAAAAGCGUAAGCCGCUGGUAUUGUUCAGCAGAAAACCUUACAACAGUUGUAAAACUGGUAGCGCAGCGGAAAGCGCUUACUAACUGCUGUUUCUGCUGAACGCAGCCAUUGUACAGGCAUAUUCUUUUAUUUCAACAUAUUUCGCAAGAAUUUUGGGCACGUGUUUCUUCGCUUGUGGCGGCAUCAUCAAACCGGUAUAAAGCAGUUUUCCUAUGAGUGGAAAUGAAUUCGACACUGAAGGAUAGAAGAUGGAUGGUUGGCUGUACAGGAAAGAGUAGGAGAAAUGUUCAUGCCGAUUAUUAUUACACUUUAGACAGUCAGAAAAUCCGUUUUGCAACAAUGGAAAUUUUGUGGCCAGACACAGCAAUUGCUUUGCAGGAUUUUGCGAACAUUUUAGUUUGUGGAAAAUGUGGACUUAAACCAGUAUCUCCUAUAAGAUUCACAAGUUGUGGACAUUUCUUCUGUUGCAAUUGUGUUAAAUCUAUUACAAAAUGUUUUAUAUGCAAUAUACCAGUGCAGCCGAAGGAAAUGAGUCCGGAUCACACAGUGUCCAAUCUUAUUCGGAAUUGUGAUAUUAUUGCCGAAAUUAUUAACAAGAGAGACCUAUGGGACACUAAUAAUAUAGAUUCUGCCAAUAUUUCAAUGGGUACUACAGUAUGCAAGACAAUCUGUACACCAAAAAAUACAUAUAUACCUAAGAGAAAUAUAAAUAAGACAAAUUUUAAAGGAGAAACGCAGUUGCACACAGCGUGUUUGAAGAGAAACAUUGAGCGUGUUACAACUCUCUUGGCGCUUGGAGCAAAUCCCAAUACAAAGGAUAACGCUGGUUGGACACCACUGCAAGAAAUAGUCAGUUAUGGACAUACCCAAUUGUGCGAGUUACUACUGAAAGGGGGAGCAUCGCCUAAUAUACCAGGUACUGAGAGCAGAAGACCGCUACAUGAUGCUGUGAUAUCUGGUGGAAUUGAAGAAGCCAAGUUACUGCUACGGUAUCAUGCUGACAAAGAUGUGUACGAUAAAUAUGGCAAGAGUCCUCUAGACUAUUGCAAAUCGGAUGAGAUGCGAGAGAUUCUGAUGGGAAGUCACGAGUCACCGUACCCAUCCAAGAGAACGCCGGAUUUUAAUCAAACUAUGGAUAAGUCCUUCAUUAUGGGACAGGACAAGAUGAUGGUUCUCGCUUCAAAUUUAAGGUUCAGAAGUCGGAAGGCACUUAAUCUCGUAGCUGCGCAACAUAAGUUUAAGGUUUUGACCGCAUACAGGUCGACCGUUACGCACGUCAUAGUGGAGACAAAGCUGUACAGCGACAUUGCAGAAUCGUCAGUCGAUGCCUGGUUCGCCAUUGUCCGCGGAUGUUGGCUUCUUAACAGCAAAUGGAUCACACUGGCGGCAGAUGUAGAGGACGUGUUUAACAUGGACUUCGAAGCGUUCGAAGUCAGCGGCGCGCCGGUUCUAGGCGUCCCGAAGAAGGCGAGGCUGAACGCGGAGCUCCAACAGCCGCGCCUCUUCAACAACUGCUUCUUCUACUUCGCUCUAUCGGCGAGCAGAAAUUACUGGCGAAUUGGCGACAUAUAUUUGAAUAAGGACGACCUGACGAAACUAGUGAAGGAGGGUGAGGGGACGGUGCUGGCUAGAGAGCCACACCCGGAAGAUCUGAAAGACGGGACGCGAGCGAUACCCUUUCACACCGCCAACGACGCGUCCCAUCCUUUGCACGAGUGCACCCAUUAUAUUAUAUACAUGCCGGGCAAAAGUGAGCCGCGUGUCAAAUACAACAUGCAGCACAUCAAGACCCUCCCGCUGAUGUGGCUGAUCGAGUGCAUCGAGAAUUUCACUCUAAUCGACCCGGCCUACCUGGGACUGCCCUGAGUGCCUGAAUAUACGUAACGUAGUAUCCUAGUAACUAUCGUUCUGUUUACCUCAACGGGGCUCCGAUCUGUAAGUUCAAGAUUGAUCAAUGUAUUUUUCUUACUGUAAACUACCGCGCUGCAGUGUCCUUACCGGGCUCUCGAAAAUGUCAUAUAUUUCUUAUUUUAUCCAGUAAGACACAUAUCUCUUUAUAUACACAUAUACACACGCAAUAUGCAAAUUCGGGGACUUAUCGUCGAAUUAAGCGAAAGUUUACACACACAUGUAUAUAUAUGAGACGUGUAAAAUUCCCCGGUAAGAUAUUGUGGCACGCGCAGAAAUAAGAUAAAUAGAACAA